AUGGAGCUAUGCCGCAGCGACCACCUGCGACCGUGGACACCUGCCAGGGUCAGCAAUCGCUCUGGCAGUUCCCUGGCGGGAAUCGAUUACCCGAUGCCACGAUCCUUGCAGGCGCAACUCGACACGAUCCAGUCAGAGGGUGAGUUCAAGGCGUGGACGCGUGAAAACAGCUGA